AUGGCGGCGGCGGUACGGGCUGGGCCGCGGCUGAGGCGGGCGGCGGCGGGCGGCGAGCUGGCGCGGCUCCCCGCCGGCCUGCGGACCGAGCUGGAGGCGGCGCUGGGCUCCGGCGGCGCCCUGGUGCCCUUCAGCCUGCUGCGGCGGCUGCACGGGGCGCUGCGGGAGGCAGGGUCCCCGCUGUAUCUCCACGAGCUCCUGGAAGGCAGCGAAAUCGCCCUGCCCGAGGUGCCGGUGCCGCCGCGGAACCCCGAGCUGGUGGCGCGGCUGGAGCGGAUCAAGGCCCGGCUCGCCAACGAGGAGUACCGGCGGAUGACCCGCAACGUCACCGGGCAGGAGCUGAACCGGUAUGGGACAUUGGCUGACUUUGGGAGGCAAGUUCGAUCCGUUAAAGCUGUGGUCAUCACCAUAUUCAACUUCAUCGUCACCGUGGCGGCCGCGUUUGCCUGCACGUACCUGGGCAGCCAGUACGUCUUUGCGGAGACGGCCGCGCGCAUCCUGUCAGCGGUAAUUGUGGCCUCAGUGGUUGGCUUGGCUGAGUUGUAUGUAAUGGUGCGGACCCUCGAAGGAGACCUCGGCAAACUGUGAUUGUGCGUUUUCCUGCAAACUGUGACCCUCAUGCUGGAGGCUUUUGCCCUCCCCAGAAGCCAUUUAUUUGGGGCAGGUUUGUCAUUGGGCUAUCAACUGUUUGUGCCUGCUACUGUUACCAGGAAAACUGCUGCGUUCCUCAGGCCUCAUCCUCUGCUUGCCCACCCCUUACAUGCCUGAAAUAAAUCAUGGAUUAAAGAUUUUGCAGCUGCAGAACUGAAGAACCAACAGCAGUGGAUUCAUACUACCCCAGGAUAGAGAGGAGUGUCAGCUGCUGCUGUGAAGUUGCUACAUUUUUUUGUUGUUUUUUAAAUAAAUACAUUGUGUUUAUGUUUGCAACCUUC